CACAUUCGCCUUAUAAACCCUCUUUGUCAGUCUCUUAUCAUCCAUCCUCUCCAAAUGCCCAAACCACCUUAGCAUACCCUUCUCAAUUUUUGUAACUACAUCCUCUGUCAGUCCACACAUAUCCAUUACCGUAGUAUUCCGCACUCUAUCAUUCAAAGUCACCCCACACAUACUUCUUAACGCUCUCAUUUCCACUGCUUUAAUUUUACUUUCAUGCUUUUUCUGCCAUACCCAACUUUCACUACCAUACAUCAGAGUGGGCAAUAACACUCCUCUAUAGACAGCCAGUCGUGCCUUUUUGGACACUUUGCAGCUACCCAUAAAAGUGUGCAGCGCCCCAUUCACCCGAUUCCCUGCACUCACACGUCUAUCUAUAUCACUAUCAUUCCUUCCAUCACUAGUGAAAACACAACCCAGAUACACAAACUCUCUUACUUGCUGAAGCCUUUCAUCACGGAUUAUAAUGUUGCAUUCUGUCAUGCUAUCGUCCCUUUCAAACACCAUAACUUUCGUUUUAUUAAUAUUCACUUUCAUACCCUUUCUCCCAAAAGCACCAUCCAUAAUUGUCACUAACUUUUGUAACUCUUCCGCCGAUGAAGCAAGCAAGCAAUUGAUUCAUUGUAUUUUGCGCAAAGUCUGCGGAGUGUGGAAGCAUUGGAAAUAAACCUUUUUACCAAGUUUAUAGCACACAUUAUUGUGAAGAAAGUAUGGUUAAAGGUAUGGUUUUACAUUAUUGCGUAUCAUUUUCGGAGCUAAUAUGCCUAAUGACCAUUGAAAGAAAAAAAAACUGCAUCGAAUUGGGUUCUUAUUGCGUUAUCUUAUUCCUUUAUAAUAUUAUAGCGGUUAAGUUUGGAAAGACGCGUAAAUGUUUGUCAGAAGUAAAAGCUACAAACCCCUGAUAUUAGGAUGGAAUUUGGAUAAUGAACAAUUUAUACAAAAUGUUUGAUGCCAAUCGAUCCCAAGGAUUAAAAGGCUAAUGGUCCCAAUUAGAGAUUUGAGUACUUUUAAGAUCAGAAAUUGCCAAAAACUUCCACUGAGUUUCCUCUGAUAAAUUUUCCCGAUUAUGGCUUCAGAAAAAAUGUAAUGGUUAGCGUGCCGUCAGAACAUAAAUUAUAAUAUUUUAUUCAUUUUCAAUGAUUUAUCAAUAGAAAAUAAAGUAGCGAACAAUAUCUGGUCUUCGAUCCAUUACAAAUAAAUUAUUAUGAUUAUAGCCUACAAAUAAUAUAAACUUGCGAACAAAAUGAACGAAAACAAACAUACAGUAGAAUUGAGAACCUCCUCCUUUUUACUGAAGUCGGUUAAACUUUAACAGUUCAAGCUUUUCGUAAUUUAAAAAGUAAUGAUGUUCGUAAAUCUUAUCUUACUUAUUAAUUAUACAAAUGCGAAUGUUUGUGAAAAUGUUUGCUUGUUGCUUAGACGUAAAUUCCGUAAAAACUGAACGAAUUUUGAUGAACUUUGACACACGGGUGGAAUGAAUGUCGUUUCAUCCCAGUAAUUAGUUCCCACUGGAAUUAAUGAGAUAUUUUAGGCUCUGACGUUAUACCCACGCCAUUUUGUAGCCUUUUUCACGGAAGCGAAUAUUGUUACUAUUUAGAACAACGAAAUAAUAAGAUAAAUAAUAUGGGCAAUUUGUAGCCAAACAACAUAGGUACUUAACAGCAAUAAAUAUUUAAUAUGCAUUAUAAAACUCGGAUGUUGAAAUCAUUAUCAGCUUAGCAACCACGACAGUCCCUAUGAGGAUUUGGUGGGCCCUACCGUUAUCGCCGAGGGUGCCAACUGCCAACGGAUGGUACGCUGGCGAUGCACGGCUAUCUGGUCACAGCCCCCGGAAGGAAGAAAGGAGGGGGUAGAGUGUAGGAAGAGAAAAAAAAGGAGAAGGAGCUUUCUUAGGAUGAAACAAAAUUUAGGAUUUUUCGUAAUGUUAAAAUAUAAAAUUAUACGAAGCAGCAGCCGUUUAUUUAUAAAUUGUCAAUCCAAUAAAUUUUGUCGUUUGGAUUUAGGAAGUCCCUUAUUCUGUAUGAUUGUGUAAACGCGUAACGCGGCCGUGUCAUGUUAUCUUCGAGAAAUGUGCGUGGAAUGGUAUUGUGUAAGCCAAAUUUCUAUAGUCCUAAACAUGAUGCGUUGUGUUACGUGCUUGUUACACACUGUCAAAAUAACGUGCGGGAUAGAGAAUAAGGCCCCAGUAGACAACUGUAAACAUAACAAACACCGUAAUUUUACGAACGCGUGUUCACAAAACCAACGUUAUUUUCAAAAUAAAUAAAAGACAUACGUAAGAGUAGGCAGUAUGAUCGGGAGACUAUAGCCUGUCCUCUAAGGGCGAAUCAAAAAAAAAAAUCAAACUUCACACAAGGUGUUCAAGUUUGAAUGUAACGAAAGUCGAAAAAAAAGAUUUUGUUUGAAUUUAUUUAUCAUGUUUUGUUGUUAGUUUGAACACAAAUCAACAAAUAGAUAUUCGUAAUGGAUGGUGAUUAUUAUCAAAUAACUUCUGACUUGGAUGCGCGACAAGUCUUGAGAUAUUUAAACAAUCUUGGCAUUCAUAACAUCAGUGGAGAAGUACUUAAAUAUUUCAUAACAGACCUAAAAAAACUCAUAAAAUAUGACCUACAGAACCGAAAUAAAGACAAAAAUGAACAUGAAGAAUUCGAAGUGCAAUGGUCAGAGAGAUUGUAUAGCGCCAGUACAUUUUCUUCUAGAACAAAAUCAAAAAGCCAAGAAGGUAUUGUUCCCUGUAGCAAAGAAUGUCAGAAAACAAAAAGAUUACAUAGAGUACAGAAUAUUAGAAAUGUUUAUUCUGCACCUAAUUUAGGACCUAUUAAGUCUGAUGAUAAACCAGUCAGAAGAGCCUGUUCCUGUGUUAGAAAUGAAACUAAACCAGACAUAAAGGAAAAAGAGAAGAUCACAGUAAAUACAAAUAACUUGAUAAAAGUGCAGAAACAACCAGUGAAGAAGAAAUGUGACCCUGUGUCAUUGUACCACUACUAUACAUCAUUGUGGGCUAAGUACAAGCCCAACGUACCUGGCGAGAAUGAUUGGUCAGAGUUAAGAUGGAGUGUCAGACAGAAGAUGGCUGGUAAUUAUCCCAGACAGACUGUAAAUAAGGUUUCAGGAACUCAAGCUUCAGAAAAAGAUGGGACUCUGAGGAAUUGAUUACAUCAUAGUUUUAAGCUUAUAAUAGUUAUAUUCUAAAUAAAUUGUGACAUUUCAUUGGUGAAUUAUUAUGUUUUCUUAUUGUAUUUUUUUUCUGCAUUAUAUUGUUGCCAAAUAAAUAAAUUGGAAAUAAUAUAAA